AUGCAACCGGUUCAAAGUAAAGAAAAUUUAUCAUCAAAAGCUACGGUACCUGGUGAAAACGAUAAAAUUCGAUUACUGAGUGAUUUAGUUGAUCGUGCCACAAAUGUGAAGGACUUGAUGGAAUAUCACAAAAAUAGAUGUUUAACGUAUUACGAAGCAAAUCGAUACAAAGAUUGUUUAUGUGAUAUUGAAGUAUUAGAGCAAUAUGGAUAUCUCGAUGAAUCGUUAUUGCUGAUCAAAUGGAUAUGCACCAUACAUUGUCAUAUUGGAGAAGUUCGCAAUACUUUUUUGGAUUCUCUCAAUGUUGACAUUUUAAACAACCGUGAUACAGCUAUUAAAUUAUUAGCUUGUAUCAGUGACGAAAAGGUUAACAAGUUGAUUCAGCGAACUUCUAAUAAUCGGCUAACGAAGAAAAUGAAACGUCUAAAUUAA